AUGAAGUGCCCCCUGCUCUUCACUCUGCUGGUUGUGGCUGGUGUCAUUCUGACCUCCAAUUCUCAAGAUCCUGAGGUGAAGUUGCCACAUGAUUUUACUGUUCCUUACCUGGUCUACCUGCAGUCCAGUCCCAAGCCCUGUGUGGGGUCUCUCAUUCACCCCGAGUGGGUGCUGACAGCCGCUCGCUGUUCUGUGCCCAAAAAAUUACGACUGGGAGUCUACCAGCCUAGCAUCGAGACUUGGAAAGAGCAAAGACGGGACCACUCAUUAGUCAUUCCAUUUCCAGACUUCCACGCCAAGUCUGUGGACCAUGACGUGAUGCUGAUCAAACUGUCCAAAGCUGCCAUCAUCAAUCACCAUGUGGGGACCAUAGCCAUUGCCCUAGAGCCCUUGACCUUCAAUGAGUCCUGCUUUAUUCCUACAUGGACCUGGAACAACUACAGGAACCUCAGUGACCCUGACAUGCUGACAUGGAUCAAUCAGCACCCUCUACCCGUCGACCAGUGUAAGAAGAUACUGCUCCAGAGAAACUUGCAGAACUUUAUGUGUAUGGGGCAGCCUCUGAAAGUCUCAACGAAGGUCAAGGAAGUGCCUGCUUCUCCAGCCGUCUGCGGUGGACGGAUCCAUGGCAUCCUGUCUUGGGUGAACGGCAGCGUCACCCUGGGAAGUGAAGCAUUCUUCACAGAAAUUCAUCACUAUGCAAGAUGGAUCUUGAAAAUCAUCAGUACUCACUGA